CCAUCGUCACCGACCUUCUCUAGAAAGGUCAAUCCCACCCCCUUUAAAUUUUAAAGCUUCAGAAGCAAAUUGGUAAAAGAGCCCCCAAUGCCUUAGCUUUUUUUCCCCUCUUCCUACUCCAAAUUCACUCUUGGCUGGGUAGUGUUGAUUACCCGAUAGAUACCUCCCAGUGCAGAUGCAGAGAGUGGACUGGAGACUGGUCAAGAUUUUAAAAUGCCAAAAGCCCUGGGAACCUGCUGCGUUUUGAUUCUCUUAAGCCCCAGCGCCAGCGCGCCUAGAGGUUUGAAAUCCUAGUAAUGCCGAACCCCGAGCCAAGCGUCGGUAAUUCCAGUCAGAUGGCGGCGGGGAGGCGCACCCCCUCCCCACCCCCGCCCGCGGGAAGGCGUUUCUUCGCCCACUUCUCCCGCGUCUGGCUGAGCAGCGGUGCCCGGCUCUGGGCUGCGGUCUGCGGGGGAGGGCGGGCUAAUUCGUGUCAGAUGGAGGGCGGCCGCGCGGGGCCCGCCACUCGCGCCUGGCUUUUGUUCCCGGCGUCUGACUUCUGACGGCAGGAGCUUUUGCAGAGCCCGGCUGAGACGCGCGCGAUCCGGGCCUCGCCCACGCAGGACCCCGAGCCGUCUGUGCCGCGCUCGGUUGUGGACGGGGGACGGACCACGGGGGACAGCCAUGCGGUGGCGCGUGCUGGCCCCGGGCCCACCCGCGAGGUUGGCGCGCGAGUCUGGGGCGCGUGGGCGUCCACGCCAGCCGGAAGAAUUUACCACGUGUUCACACAACUUUAAGAAAAAGGACUUUAAAAAGCCCAGAGUCUGUGGAGUGUGUCGACAGACCAUUGCCGGUCAAGGGAUUGCUUGCCGAGCCUGCAAGUAUUCCUGCCACAAGAGAUGUGAAGCCCAGGUGGUGACUCCCUGCUCGGUGCAAGUCCACCUGGACCAGGCUCCCGAGAGUUCCACACCAUCUGCUGUUCUCCGCUGUGACAAGCCUUCAAGGCCCGUGGUCCUGAGUCCAGCCAUGGAGGACAGUCACGAACUGGACCUUACCUAUGUCACCGAGCGUAUCAUUGCCGUGUCCUUCCCUGCCAGUUGUUCAGAGGAGUCCUACUUGCACAGCCUGCAGGAAGUCACGCGCAUGCUCAAAUCCAAGCACGGUGACAACUACCUGGUAUUAAACCUUUCAGAGAAGAGAUAUGACCUUACAAAGCUUAAUCCAAAGAUCAUGGAUGUGGGCUGGCCCGAGCUGCAUGCACCUCCCCUUGACAAAAUGUGCACCAUAUGCAAAGCCCAGGAGUCCUGGCUGAACAAUGACCCCCAGCAUGUGGUGGUCAUCCACUGCAGGGGUGGUAAAGGACGAAUUGGAGUGGUCAUAUCGUCUUACAUGCAUUUCACCAACGUCUCAGCCAGUGCUGACCAGGCACUGGACAGGUUUGCGAUGAAGAAGUUUUAUGAUGACAAAGUAUCAGCUUUAAUGGAGCCCUCCCAGAAGCGGUACGUGCAGUUUCUCAGUGGGCUACUGUCUAGAGCCACGAAGAUGAACACCUCGCCCCUGUUCCUGCACUUCGUCAUCCUGCACGGCGUCCCCAGCUUUGACACUGGAGGAGCUUGCCGGCCCUUUCUGAAGCUCUACCAGGCCAUGCAGCCCGUGUACACAUCUGGGAUCUACAAUGUCGGCCCUGAAAACCCCAGCAGGAUCCGCAUUGCCAUAGAGCCGGCCCAGCUGCUGAAGGGCGACAUCAUGGUGAAAUGCUAUCACAAGAAGUUCCGCUCGGCCACCCGCGAUGUCAUUUUCCGCCUGCAGUUCCACACCGGGGCUGUGCAGGGCUACGGGCUCCUGUUUGGGAAAGAAGAGCUGGACAGCGCCUGCAAAGAUGACCGAUUUCCAGACUAUGGCAAGAUUGAAUUGGUCUUCUCGGCCACACCUGAGAAGAUUCAAGGAUCGGAGCAUCUGUACAGUGACCAGGGAGUGACCGUGGACUAUAACACAGCAGACCCGCUGAUUCGGUGGGACUCCUACGAGAACAUGAGUGCGGAUGGAGAAGUGCUACACACACAGGGCCCAGUGGAUGGCAGCCUGUAUGCCAAGGUGAGGAAGAAGAGUGCCUCAGAUUCUGCCAUCCCUAGUAGCCCUCAGGGCAUGCCAGCCACCAGCAGUCCAGACCACAGCGACCAUACCCUGUCAGUCAGCAGUGACUCGGGUCAUUCUACUGCCUCCGCCAGGACUGACAAGACCGAAGAGCGCCUGACCCCGGGAGCACGGAGAGGCCUGAGCCCUCAGGAGAAGGCUGAGUUGGACCAGCUACUCAGUGGAUUUGGCCUGGAAGACUCGGCAAGCUCCCACAAAGACAUGACGGAUCUACGCAGCAAGUAUAGUGGGACACGCCACGUGGUACCAGCCCAGGUCCACGUGAAUGGAGACGCUGCCCCAAAGGACCGGGAGACCGACAUUCUAGAUGACGAGAUGCCUCAUCACGAUCUGCACAGUGUGGAUAGCCUGGGUACUCUUUCCUCCUCCGAAGGGCCCCAGUCAGCCCACCUGGGCCCCUUCACCUGCCUCAAGAGCAGCCAGAACUCCCUCCUGUCUGAUGGCUUCGGCAACGGUGUUGCUGAAGAUCACAAUGGCGUCCUUUCUCCGGACCUGGGCCUUGGCGUAGACUCCCUUUAUGACCGGGAACGGAUGUGUGGGAGCCGAGAGCUGAAGCAGCCGCAGCCCCUGUUGAGGAAGCCCUCUGCACCCACCCCGGCGCAGGCCUACGGGCAAAGUAACUAUUCUACCCAGACUUGGGUACGUCAGCAGCAGAUGGUGACUGCUCACCAGUACAGCUUUGCCUCAGAUGGGGAGGCCAGGCUUGGCGGCCGCAGUACAGUGGACAGUGCUGGCCUUGCCCAGCCCCAGCCCCAGCCCCACAUCCCAGUUACUCCCACCCGUGGAGCAAGCAGCAGAGUGGCUGUUCAGAGAGGUAUCAGCAAUGGGCCAACUCCCUCCGACACACAGCAGCUCUGUCCUGGUAAAGCACUCCAGCCCAGAUUUCCAGAGGACAGAGUCAUGAAUGGAGCACACCAGGAGCUAGACACCGGCCCCUCCCCAGGCUCUCCGACUCUGGAUAUUGACCAGUCCAUUGAGCAACUUAACAGGCUGAUCUUGGAGCUGGACCCCACCUUUGAGCCCAUCCCCACACACCUGAAUGCCCUUGGCAUCUCAGCCAAUGGCUCGAUGUGUCCUGAUGGUGUGGGAAGUGGGCUCCGGUGUGGUGGCAGGCUGGACCCUGUAGACGGCCCUGGCCGGAGCCCUGGGCGGCAAGGCGAUAACCCCAUUGGGGGACGUCUUCGAAAGCUGAGCAUUGGGCAGUACGACAAUGAUGCUGGGAACCAGGUGACCUUCUCUAAGUGUGGAUGGGGAAAGGCUAGUGCGGACCCAGCCCCAAGCCUGGGCUCAUUCUCCUCUCCUGCAGACAUCAAAGAGACGGUGAUCACUGCAUAUCCCCCUGACCUCGAUAUGAUCGAUGGCAGGAUUCCAAACAGCAAGGAGUCGCCUGUGUGUCUGACCCCAGCAUUCCCUGUGUCUCCAGAAACACCAUAUGUGAAAGCAUCCCCACACUACCCUCCGAUCAGCCCACCUGAGCCCCAGCUGACCAGCCCAGCCAGUUUGCACAAAGGGCGAGAACCACGAGGCUGCCCAGAGAUUAUCAGCCACACUGUGGGGAUGUCAGAGAGCCCCAUCGGACCCAAAUCCACCAUGCUUCGGGCUGAUAUGCCUGCAACACCCAACUUUCAGCAGGUGUUCGCAUCAUCCUGCACGGUUUCCAGCAAUGGCCCCGGCCAGAGGAGAGAGAGCCCGCCUUCUGCAGAACGCCAGUGGGUAGAGAGCAGCCCAAAGUCCACCCUCACCCUACUGGGGAACAGCCACCCUUCCGAGAGUCCCCUUGGCACCCAUGAGUUCUGUAGCUCUGGUAAGGACUCACCAGGGCUGCCCUGCUUCCAGUCCUCAGAGCUCCAGGCCUCUUUCCACGGCCACGAGCUGUCCAUGUCGGAGCCUCAGGAUGCUCUGCCUCCCGCAGGCAGCCAAGCCUUCUUAGGUUUCAACGCAGUAACCACAGUAACAAGUGGCCUUCCACCUGGCGAGGAUGCUGGCACCUUGCUGGUCAAUUCCCACGGUACAUCACCAGCUCCUGGAACCCCUCUGAUGACUACGGCAGGGGCUGCUGGCAAUGGCUUCCUGUCCCACAACUUUCUCACGGUGUCACCUGGUGCCAGCAGCCACCACAGUCCAGGCCUGCAGAACCAGGGCGUCAGCCUGCCUGGGCAGCCACCCCUCCCGGAGAAGAAGCGAGCUUCAGAGGGCGAUCGCUCUUUGGGCUCAGUCUCCCCUUCAUCCAGUGGCUUCUCCAGCCCCCACAGUGGUAGCACCAUGAGCAUCCCCUUCCCGAAUGUCCUGCCAGACUUCUGCAAGCCUUCGGAAGUGGCCUCACCUUUGCCAGAUAGCCCAAGUGAUAAACUCGUGAUCGUGAAGUUUGUUCAAGACACCUCGAAGUUCUGGUACAAGGCAGACAUCUCAAGAGAGCAAGCCAUUGCCAUGUUGAAGGACAAAGCUCCUGGGUCAUUCAUCGUGAGGGACAGUCACUCCUUCCGAGGGGCCUACGGCCUGGCCAUGAAGGUGGCCACACCUCCUCCGUCGGUCUUGCACCUGAACAAGAAAGCUGGAGAUUUGUCCAAUGAACUCGUCCGGCAUUUCCUGAUUGAGUGUACCCCAAAGGGAGUGCGGUUGAAAGGGUGUUCGAAUGAACCAUAUUUUGGGAGCCUGACGGCUUUGGUGUGCCAACAUUCCAUUACGCCCCUGGCUUUGCCCUGUAAGCUGCUCAUUCCAGAGAGAGAUCCUCUGGAGGAAAUAGCAGAGAACUCUCCCCAGACAGCGGCCAACUCGGCAGCCGAGCUGCUGAAGCAGGGAGCAGCCUGCAAUGUCUGGUACUUGAACUCCGUGGAAAUGGAGUCCCUCACUGGUCACCAGGCAGUCCAGAAGGCCUUGAGUAUGACCUUGGUUCAAGAACCUCCUCCAGUGUCUACAGUGGUACACUUCAAGGUGUCAGCCCAGGGCAUCACCCUGACUGACAAUCAGAGAAAGCUCUUCUUCCGGAGGCAUUACCCAGUGAGCAGCGUGAUUUUCUGUGCUUUGGAUCCACAAGACAGGAAGUGGAUCAAAGAUGGCCCUUCUUCUAAAGUCUUUGGAUUUGUGGCCCGGAAACAGGGCAGUGCUACAGACAAUGUAUGCCACCUGUUUGCAGAGCAUGAUCCUGAGCAGCCUGCCAGUGCCAUUGUCAACUUUGUGUCAAAGGUCAUGAUCGGCUCCCCUAAGAAGAUCUGAGCCCCUCCCAGCCAUACCCGCCAGAUGCCUCAUGGGGCCUUCAACAGGCAGUGGGGUGAGGCAGGGGGCCCCCAUUUGUACCAGACUGACAAUCCUCACAUUCCAAACUCAACGGGAGAAUAUGACAACUCUUCAAACCAAGAACAAACAAUGUCGUCACCACAGAUUGGCCUUAAAGAAGCUUCUCAUCAACACACCUCUAUAGUCAAGCGCAUUUUGAGUGAAUGGAUCUUGGCCUGGGAAAUGCCUCGCCAGGGUCCCAAGGACAAGGACUAUACAAGGAGGGCGUAUGGAAGACAUGGCUGCCUUGAGUCCCUGACUCAUUAGCAUCUGUGCGGAGGAGGAGCAUCUGUUCUGCUUGACAGGGGCUGAGUAGCCAUGGCACCCAAGGCAGUUGCAGAAACGCUCUGCCCAGCGGCUCCCUCAUCUUGUCUUUCUACAUCAGUGAUGAAACUGAGGAGAAGAUGCAUGGUUAGUGAAGGUCUGAGCAGGUUGGAGCGUGGUGGGGAUCUAGUCAGGGGGCAGCAGAAGGGAUGUAAAGCAAGUGCUGUGGAGGAAGCCUCUGGUGUCGGGGAGGACCGUGUGGAGUCCGAGAGCCCACAGCUGGUGGUCAGUGAUUCUGCUCUCACAUCUCCACCUGGGCUGUGGAGAGCCUAGAGGACCUUGAGAGGAAAAUGAGAAGAUGGAAUCAAAAAUGCCAUUUUAUAUAAUGUAUAUUUUACUUAUCCAAAUUAUUUAUAACCGCCUGCCAUUGCCAUAUAGUACCCUCGUCAGAUGCUGCAGCCGACUAAGCCGUGUCCUCUUGUAGACACGCUAGAGACAGCUGGCCCUCAGCUGGAAGGGGAACAGUGGUCCCGGGUGAUGCCACCCAGUCCCUCACCUGUAGUACUGCUAGACGGAUUUGCCUCAAGCAGCCUACCCUCUACCUGGCUUCUUUCCUGAAGGGAAUGCCCAGGAGGCGAGGGAGACUAAGUCACUGGUAUCAGUCUCUUCUGUAGGACUGGCCGGGCCAUCUAGAAGUCGGUGUCACCCAAAGCACAUGUGGCCUUUCUAAGCUGUUACCGUGAUUCUCCUGUGGUACCUGCAGCUUCUGUGGGAGCUCUGUGGGUGUCUGGAUGGAGAGAAGGGAUGAAGAGAAAGAUCAAGAACUCUCUAGUUCUCACAGGCUACUUUGAUUUGCUGAGUCAUCUUAGUCACUGAGUCAGGUGUGACUGAUGGUUCUUGCUAAGAUGGGCACCCCACUGCUGCAAGCUUGCUAAAAUGGGCACCCCACUGCUGCAUGCUUCCUGCCUGCAUCUGUGCCCGGAGAUUCCCAGAGUGGGGGUGGAGCAGGGCUCUGUCAAGACAAAACCAGGGUCCUUGGUCGGAACAUCUGCCCCAGGAAGGCUCCGAGCAUUCCUGUCUCAGCCUGAAAUUCCCACUCUCUGCCUUCUAAAAUCCAGACCUAGCUUCCAAAUCCCACAGCUGAAAUGGGCUACAGUUGUUAAGCUGGGAUUUUUGUGGUGAGUUUUGUUUCAAAAGGGGCAGGGGUGUAACUACAUGUAGAAUUGGAAUCAACUCUGCCAGGGUGAGUGUGUGUGUGUGUGUGUGUGUGUGUGUGUGUGUGUGUGUGUGUGUGUGUGUGUAUACAGGUGGACCAUUCCACUUUUUGCUCAUGUGUAUGUCUGUGUGUAUACAGGUGGACCAUUCCACUUUUUAGCUCCUAUUGAUGCACCAAAAGCAAGUGCCUCAUUUCUGUGCCAAAUGUUUGCCUUGGUCUUUAAGGACCUCUUUCCUGGACACUCUGAUGUGCCUGUUAGAGGGAGUGUGUCCCCAUUCCCUAGAGGCCCCAUGUCUUCCACAGAGGCUUUUAGUGUUUCAGUUACUUAUAUGCAGCUAAACUCCACAUUGGGGCAGGGGUGGGGCUGAAGUUUGUACUCUGUCUAAGAAGUAAGUACCAGGUCCUAUGAUAAGUUUGUGUGCAGAUGUGGCCCAGAGACCACAGACCCGCUCCCAAUUCCUCCUGCUGGGGGGAGGGGGAAGCUAAUUAGGAAUCAGCUGGGCAGAGCUGACGCCCAGCCUUCCAGUGAAUUGAAUGCCACAAAGGGCUGCAUGGAAUGCAUCCAAGAAGCCACGCGAACCGUGCUUUCCAAACUGACUGGCCAGGUAUGAUCUUUACUCAAGAUAAAAGCAGUCAAGGGUAUCAAGGGAUGUGCCCUGAGGAAAUGCAGGAAGACAGCUCUACAACUCUCUACAACAGCUGGUAGGACAGGGUUCUGUCUUCUGUGUGUGACAUGUGAACAGAACAAGAGACCAGUAUCAUAGACUGUGUGCUCAGAAAUACCGGGAAGGAGUAUUGCCCAGGCGUUUGCUACAAGGCCAUGGGUUGGGCACCAGUUAGUUCAUUAUUCUCUGAGUAAAUUCAGUGAUGUCCCACCACUUCUAAUAGAUAACCAGGGUCCCUUUAACCUCAUUAAUGGUCUUAUAGUUUCCAGUGUUGUGCUGUACCCAUGUUAAAAGCCACACUGCAUUUAUCCUCAGUGUCAAAGACGUUGUAAUGUCGCCUGUCUUAUCUAUUAGUGCAGUUUUCACUAUUCUAUAUUGUAAAGAAUAUGUAUCCAGUAUGUAAAUGAGUGUUCUAUAAACCUUUUGUAUAGGUAUUUCCUCUGCUCUUUAAAUAUCAGCCUUAUUCAGAGUAUAAUAAAAAUUAUGACCUUGGUACA